AUGGGAAGCAGUGGCUGGAACAUGCUCCCGCCAGAGCUGCUUGAGAUGCAGCUUGCCCAGAUCGACCUCCUCAUGGCCAUGUACCCCUCGGCCGAGGAGCUCGUCGUGAGUGACGACACGAGAAGGGCAAUCGAGCGGAUCAGACAGGUCUGUUCUGAUGGGGAAGCUGCUGGUGCUGCUGCCGCCGCCGCCGCCGCCGUUACCAAAGACAUAUAUCUCGAUCUCAAGUUGGGCCGCCUGCAGACAGAUGGGGGAGGUGAGGUCGAGCUUGAGAUCACUAUACCUCUGGGUUUUGAUCGCGAGCACGGAAGCACCAGCACUUCCUCCUCGCCGCCAGACGAGCCGCCCAGAGUCAGGACGCGCAUGAGGCAGCCAGCUUGGGCAAGCAGGGCAGAGGCCGCCUCGAUCAACGAGGGAAUCCCCAUGGAGGACGACAUCCUCGGGAUCAUCGAGUACAUCCGCGAGGCGGCGGCCGAGAAGUACACCGAGUCUCUGACCUCUGCUGCGGGGGACGAAGACGACAAGGCACAAUCAUCAUCAUCAGCAGCAGCCAGAUCCAGCACCACCAUGACGCUAGGCUCGACGACGUCCUACUCUGCAACGACCAAGGACCUGGAGCCGCUCGUGCGCGUGUGGUUCUACUUCCCGUCCAUCAGCACGCGGUCCAAGCGCGACGACCUGGUGCGCAACGCCCCCGCGUACGGCCUCACGGGCUUUCUCCUCGCAGGCAAGCCGGGCCUGCUGUGUCUCGAGGGCGGGACGCGCGCGGUCGACGAGUACAUGCGUUUCAUCAAGACGGAGAGCUGGGGCGAUAUUCCCGCGCACCAUAAGAAGGUCAGCGAGCGGUACCGGGAAGAGAGCGCGGGUGGUGGUGGUGGUGGUGGCGCAGCAGUCGGGCGCGUGUUCGCAGACAUGACCGAGAUAACCGACACGGUGGGUGGCGAGCGGCGCGGGGAGAGGGCCAACCGCGGAGACAUGAAGGCCAUCGAGGCGUGGCUGACGGAACGAGGCCUGGGCGAGGCGUUCACCAAGGUGCUCAUCUGA